CAAUAAAUCAUAUAUAUAUAUAUAUAUAUGAUUUAUUUUAUCAUUACAUAUGUAUAAUCGAUUAUCAUUACUGCGAUUAACAUUAAUCAAAUUAUGUGAAGAAUUAACGGCUGCAGAUGUUUUGAUAAAAGCAUGACAGUGAUCUGUUAAACUCUUUGAUGUCAAUACAAAGGCUAUGUUUAUCUUUACAUUCUUACUAACUUUUCUUAUUCUAUCCCGUGGUAAAAUUCGUCGGAGUAAUGAUAUACUCGGGAACGAUGGGGAUCAAUUCCCUACUGUAUCACAAGAAACAUAUCAGUUAUCGAAUUAUGAUAUAACCUUUUGGAUUCGACCUUUACAAGUAGAGUAUUAUGCUUUUUUAGAGAACAGAGAAAGUUUUUAUACUGUUUUUGUAGAGUUAAAUGAUUCACCAUUUAUAAUAAAGAUCAUUGAUAGUUAUUACGUGAUAAAAUUAUUUUUCGAAUUAUACAAUUGUUCGAUUUUAAAUUUUGAGAAUUUAUGUUCAUUGGAAUUAAGAAAAUUCAGAAAAUCUAACUGUAUAUUCACAGAGGGUACAACAUAUACAACUAAGACAAAUUUAGAAGGCCAUCAAAAAUGGUGCAACAUAACAUUACUAAAUAUAAAAACUCCUGUUUUUAAUUAUUGCAUGAUAAUUGCAGAUGACCAGCGAUUGCAAAGACCAGAGGAAUUUCCUUUAUAUUUCAACGAUUUAUUACUAAAAUCUUUUCGUAUUCCUGGCAAUGUCCACAAAAUUGUCCGAUGUUUUAUCAUAAUGAUAAAUGGUAUUCGUACUACAAGAUGUGAUGUUAAUUGCCAUCGAAAACAACUGUUUUGCAAAGAUAUAGGACUUUGGACAUUUAUGAUGCCUGUUGUUACUUCAAAUUCAUUUUUUCGGUUACCUCCAAAUUAUAAUAACACCUGUGGAAAAGGACUAGUAUUGAUAGUAUCUUUAUGUUACAAUCAAAUAACAGAAAAAAAUACUAUAAAUUAUAUUGAUCCAGGAUUAUUUUACUGCCCAAUAAGUUUCAUGAAAUAUAUCUGUAAACUUGCAUCUAACAAUAAUGUCACGACAAUAGUACGUUUUACAGAAUAUCUUCCCAUUGAUGACUAUAUUCAAAAAAAUAUAUGUAUAUACAUUUUCGAAGAAGAAUUGAGCGACCAUAACCAGAAAAGCAAUGAAGUUUAUUAUAAUAAUGAUUUUAAAGAAGAGAUCCUAUUAGUAACUCCAAAAUAUAUAAAAUCUAUGAAAUCGUUGCGUCGUCACCUUCUGCAAAACAUAGAUCAUGGAUAUGGAUAUGGAAAUAUGGAUUAUAGUGCACAAGGAGACAAAUUUGCUUAUCAGGGAUAUGCGAGACAUAAAGAUUCAAUCAUGAAUGAAAACAAAGAUGAAAAUGAUGAUGAUGAUGAUGAUGAUGAUGACGAUGAAGAGGAUGAAGACUAUGAGAUUAGCGACGAACCUGCACCGGAAGAUGAGAACGAUAAUGCUGAAGAGGAGGAAGAGGACGACGAGUUUGGACAUCAAAGCAUUGGACCAAAGGCUCAUCUGGGAAGUUUCAAUCGUGUCAUAUUCCCUUACGUGAGUAAGAAGCAGAAACAACAUUUGAGAAAAGAAAAUAUCAGAGUCAGAUCUGUUACUGUUACUGAAGAGUGUGAUGAGGAAGAACCUACAGAAGCACUGCAAUAUUAUGAUUACGACACAAAUGGAGUUGACAUAUCAUUUGGAAAUAUACACAACACACAAAUUGAUCACUUUAUAAAAUUGAUAAUAAUAAACCUUAUACUUUUAUUUAUUAAUUUUUGACAU